UCCGGCACUUGGCCAUGGGCUGGCAGCAGCCGGACAGCAGCGGGAGCCGACACGGGGCUCGCAGCUAAAGGGGUGAGGAAAAGAGACCAUGGCAGCAUCCAGCAACUCCAGUCUGUCCGGCUCGUCGGUUUCCUCCGAUGCUGAAGAAUACCAGCCUCCAAUAUGGAAAUCGUAUUUGUAUCAGUUACAACAAGAAGCACCACGUCCCAAGAGAAUCAUCUGUCCUCGGGAGGUGGAGAACAGACCAAAGUAUUAUGGAAGAGAGUUCCAUGGGAUCAUUUCUCGGGAACAAGCAGAUGAGAUACUUGCUGGCGUAGAAGGAGCGUACAUUCUAAGAGAAAGCCAGAGGCAACCCGGCUGCUACACACUUGCUCUCAGAUUUGGCAAUCAGACCUUAAACUACAGGUUGUUCUAUGAUGGGAAGCACUUCGUUGGGGAGAAAAGAUUUGAAUCAAUCCAUGAUCUAGUAACAGAUGGCUUGAUAACAUUGUAUAUAGAAACAAAGGCUUCUGAGUAUAUUUCCAAAAUGACAACAAAUCCCAUCUAUGAACACAUUGGAUAUGCCACUUUGCUUAGAGAGAAGGUCUCCCGGAGGCUGAGCAGAACAAAAAAUGAAUCAAGAAAAGCAAGUGUAACAAGUGAAGAAAAUACCCCGGUUGAGAAGGACAAGAAAAAGUCUUUCUUUUGGCUUGUUCCCACUUUAUGCUUCAGAAACCCCAGCACAGAUACCCUGGUUUCUACCUAUGGAGCAUCGACACAGCAGAGGAAAACAGUCACCUUCUUCCACAGCACAGAAGAUGCAAGAAGGACCAGCAGCAAGGGGGUUAAAGGGAGUCCCAUAGCAAAAAUUUGUAAUGCCUUGAAAUUUUAAGUACUAUAACUCACAAAUCCCCAUGAGAAUAAAACUCAUAAGUCCA